AUGCUCCACGUCAACAUUGUCGGCGCGGGCAUCGCAGGGCUAUCUGCCGCCAUAUCGCUUCGGCGUGCUGGCCACCGCGUCCACGUGUACGAAAAGUCAUCCAUGAACAACGAGGUUGGCGCCGCCAUCUUCGUCCCCCCCAACGCGGCGAGGUUCCUGCUGGCCUGGGGGCUUGAUCCGGUCCGCUGGCAAUGGGUUCACUCACGUCGUAUGCAAUUCAGCGACCCGUUUACCCUGGAAACUCUACCGGCCAUCUCCGACGAGGACACGGCAACGUCCAUCGGAGGCGUCCCGUUGUGGUUCUCCCACAGGGUGGACCUGCAUAACGCUCUGAAGUGGUUGGCGACAAAACCAGACGGACCGGGAGUCCCCGCGACUCUCCACCUAGGCUCUCCCGUUGAAGCAUACAAUCCGUCAAAACCGUCCAUUACGCUCAAGGGCGGCCGCGAGGUGGAGUGUGAUGUUGUCAUCGGUGCUGACGGCAUUCACUCGCUGGCGACGGAAGCAGUCCUCGGCCGCAAGAACGAGCCCGUGUCUCCCGCAAACGCCAACGUUUGCUAUCGAUUCCUCAUCCCCACUGAGCGGCUGGAGCGUGACGCCGAAACCCGGUUCUUCACAAAGGACAUUGCCGGCUGGUCAAGAGUGUUUGCGCAUAACGAGAUGAAACGCAGACUCAUCGUGUACCCCUGCCGAGGAAACACGAUUCUGAAUUUCGUCGGCAUGUUGUGGGAGGCAGAAUCUCCUUAUAGCGAGAGGGAGAAUUGGCACGCGACGGUCGACGUUGCCCAAGUUUUGGACAAGUUUGCGGGAUACGACCCUCGACUCCUCAACGUGAUUAGCAAAGCAACAGAUGUCAAGCGGUGGCCGCUUCUCUAUCGGCACCCCUUGCCGACCUGGAACAAGGACCUGUUGACCCUGGCUGGAGACGCGGCGCAUCCCAUGCUACCCCACCAGGGCCAGGGCGGCGCCCAAGGGCUUGAAGACGGCCUGGCCCUCGGCAUCAUCCUCUGCGGCGCCGAGACCCCCCAAGACAUCCGGGAGCGCCUCGACAUCUACUACAGCACUCGACACAGGCGCACAAGCGCGAUCCAGAUCUUGAGCAACGUCGGCGCGGACCAGACCAGUCUCGUAAGCGACGAGCUGCGCCAGUUUAUGAGCGAGGACGAGAUCCCCACGGAUUUUCUUUCCAUAGCCCGGUACAGUUUCGGCUUCGACGUCGUGCGGACGACGAUGGAUGCCAUGAAGAAAUACGACCCGGCGUUUCGGCUGCCGGAUGACUUCUUCGACAGCCCCGUCAUUGGUGUGCCGGGACGGGGGGCGAGCCAUUGA